GUGUAUCAAAGAAAACAAAAAAUCAUGGGAGAUGCACCAAGUCCAUCAGUGUUAUACUUUGACCCUAAGAAAUCUACAGAGAAUUUCGCACGUCUCUGUCAGCUUUUGGUAACAAUUUGUGGUGAUGUCAUGAGAGAUAUUCUCAGUCAUUACAUUAAGCCAGUCAAUUUCAGACAAGAGUUGGACAAAAAUAGAUCAAAAUUGGAAAAAAUAACGAAUGCACAGGAAAAAGACUUACUCUAUCCUCCACAUUCAUCUUCAAGUUGUGUUCCACAAAUAAGAUCCAGAGAUCUGGAUUUAUCAUUACUGUAUAAGAUUUUGCGGAAUAUAUGCAAUAUUCCAACACAUAUUGCUGGAUGGGGAAAACAACCUCGUGUAGGUGACUUUUCCUUGGCUUCAUGCAUAGAAAGGAUACGCAUUCUACGAAAUUCAAUCUCUGGUCACUCUACCGAUGGCGCUGUUGACGAUGUGGAAUUCGAGAAUUACUGGAGAGAGUUAAAGAAGUCUGUAGUGGAGAUUGAGAGAGAAGUCAUUGGUAGCGAUAAAUAUGAAAGAGGAAUAGACCAUUUAUAUGACUGUGAUUUGAACCCGACCAAAUCAAAGGAAUAUGUAGCUGAAAUUCGGAGAAAUACAGGAGAAAUUAAAAUUAAACGAGAGAGAAUUGAUCUAGUUGAAGAAGAAGCAAAUGCUAAAAAAGUUAGAUUGGAAAUUUUAGAGCAAAGACAGGCAACUUUAGAAAAAACUAAUGAGCAGUUUAAAGUAUAUUUAAAGGCCAGAUUGACUGAAAUUGCAGAGGACCUAAGAGCUGUUAAAUCUGAUACAUCCGUGCUGAAAGAGCUGAAAGCGACAGAGCUGAGAUUACAACAAGAAGAAUGCAUGGCAAAUAUUAGUGGUGAGACUAUUACAAGAGAUACUUCACCAUACACAUUGAGCAAAUCGACAACAACAACUAUUAAAUUCAGAUCUGGUUUAAAGAUAGACCGUAUGUUAUCCAUGCAUUGCACAAGUGACAACAAAUGUUGGCUAUGGGCUCCUAACUUCAGUACCUUCUUUUUAUCUAAAUCAGCACAGUUGUGUCUUCUCAGUGACAUCGGUGUUAGCAAAGAAAUUGAGAUACCAGAGGAGUAUGAAGCUGAAUUAUUUUCAACUAACAUAACAGUCAAUGAAGACGAUGAGGCUGUAUUUAUUUCUGGAACAUCACUAGUAGCUGUUGGGAAGACCGGCGUGUUUCGCAAGUUGUUCAAUAUUUAUUAUCCUGCUUGCAAUGUAUGCUAUUUGCGUUCUGGUAACUAUCUACUUAAAGAUAAAUCAUCUGUGACUUUCUCUGAAUACACUAAAGAAGGGCAUUGCCUGAAAAUCUGCGAUGUACCUGCAAUCACAAAAUCUGAUCUUUGUCAAUUAAGUAUUUAUCAAAAUAGUAACCAAGACUUUAUUGUCACAAAUGAUCAGUUCUUGUUUUGGAAGUCCAAACAUUUGUACAUUUUUAACAAAUCUUUUGAAAGCGAACGCACGGUUGAAAUAGAACCUAAUGGGAUAAUAACUCCGGUUUUCAACAAAAAUGGAGAAUUACUUUAUGGCCAUUACAAGUCCAUUGACUUACUAAACAGUGAAGGUGAAUUUGUCGAUACUAUAUAUAAAACACGCAAGAGGAUACUAAACAUUGCUUACAGUAAUAAUGGUACCAUAUGGAUCCAAUACACUUCUUUCGAAAUUGACAUAUUCAAACUGGAAUUGCCGCAUGCACUAUUUUAAACUGCCUUCAAUUAUGUUUUCUUUCCAUCUAAAAUGGGUUUGUCAAUUCAAUAAAAAAAAU